AUGGACGUACCACCACCACCGUUCGAGAUGAAGUCGCCACAGAUGGAGGGGAUUCUGAAACACACCCUCAGUACAAGUCCCUGCGUGAGAUGGAUCCUUCCUGCCCGCAUACGCUGCCCGUCGAAGGAGGAUCUUGUCUUUAUCGGUCAAACGUCAGUGCAGCUGAGGGAAUUUGUCUCCAAAGGUGACCCUCAUCUCGCCGAGGCCAUCUGCAAGCUUGAUCUUAACGAUUCCAUCCUAUCCGCAACUGUCAUCUCUUCAAAGAUUGAGACAGUGUCAACGAUUGAGCAGACCCUCCGCCAGACCGUCGAAGACGAGCAAUUUACCGUUGACGGGCGCGCGAUCAGGGAUGAUGAGCCACCACAGAUCCUCGUGUUAAGCACGACACGUUGUGAGCUAGUCUUCGUGUACGCCCACCAGGCAUAUGACGGUGCUGUUCGAUUCAUUUACGCGAAACGGCCACUCCUGACCGGUACCGGGCUAGGAGAUCAACUUGGUUCCCAUCUCGCAAAAGACCCAGAGUCUCGCGCAAUAGCCAUCGCGCCUAGCAGCGGGCAUUUCAUCAUAUGCGCUCUUCGGCCUCUGGAUCAGAUUCGGAACGAAGUCGCGAACUGGACCCCUGCCAAUGCCGCAAGCUUUACACCUUGGCUACAACAACGAUUCAUUCAAGUGGACGGCGCUAUCGUACGUAUGGAAUUUCUGCACAGUCCGAAAGACGAGCCCAGCAGAGUCAUCCUUGUUCUCCUUGUGGCUAAACAGGGUCGAUCCUAUAUUCUGCUCUAUCGCUGGGACAGUACACAGCCUUUGCACCGUAUGAGGCCGAUGCGGUCAAGUGGUCAGCUGCUUCCAAAAAGAGAUGGCAUACCCCUGAUGCUCAUUCCUUGCACCGCUAGCGCUUCAUUUCUUCUCGUCACAGAAACGGAAUUUGUCCUGUAUAAUAGAGUGACUCACUCUGAAGCAAAGAGGACGGCAUAUGAGUUCCAAGACCCUGGUGCGUUCAAUGGCCAUCGGCGCACCAAACUCUGGACGCAAUGGGGCAGACCUAGGCGUACUUAUGGUUACAGGAAGAAAAGUGAUGAGGUUGUUCUCGUCCGCGAGGAUGGCUACAUGGCAACAUACGAAAUCAAUGUGCAGUCAGAUGUAAAGGUGACGUUUGCCUCCAGCCCAGGCAAUCUCGGCUUUUCUAUGGAUACUGCAUUCUGUUUCCUAGCUGCACCGCUUCAUAUCAAUGGAGGCGAUAUCAUCAUUGCCGGAGGAUCCAUGGCCGAGGGUGGGGUCUAUCACCUUGCCGCCACCCAAAGACCAAGGCGCAUCCAGACGCUUGUCAAUGGCGCUCCGUUCAAUGACCUCUUACUCCUUCCAGCCGCCAACAGCUCCAGCUCACAUGCAUUGGCCCGGCCACGGCCUAGGAUCUACUCCUGUUGUGGCAAUUAUGAAGGCCAGGGCUCCUUAGCAGAAAUCCAAUAUGGCCUGGAGGCAGAGACAGGCUGGACGAUGGAACAUCCGGAUGUCACCAGCAUAUUGCGCAUAUGGGCGCUCGAGAUCGAAGCCAUGCACACUUUACUACUUCUCAGCAGCCACCCCACUCACACCUCACUGAUCACACUUGGUCUGGACACUGCAGAGCUGGAAUACGUAGACGAUAAUGCGCUCCCAGGCGUGGAACUAGACGCAUCGACAUUGGCUGCGGCUACCAUUGAGAAUGGUGCGCUGAUACAAAUCACCACGGAAAACCUCAACGUGAUCUCUUUGGGAGGCCACUUCCGUCCAAAACGCCAAAACGUUGGUGCUGCUACACCUGUUUGCGCCGCUAUUUUGGCGAGCUGUGCCGUUGCUGCCGUUGCGCAUCCUUCGAACGAUGGAUAUGCUUUGAGUAUGUGCAAAAUCGAAACCUCGGACAACCAGUCUGCCGAAAUAAGUGAGCUUGGUGAUCCAUAUACACUUCAAGGACGUCCAGUUUCAGUCGCGAUUGCAGACUUUGCCGGCGCAAUCGCCGUACUAGUAACGACAGACCAAGGCGACUUGCAAAUGCUGUUAUUAAAUUCAAGAGGCGACCUUGUGCCCAUGGUUGCCCUGCGCUUGGCCGACCUGGACUUGACUCUCGAAGGGUCAUCUGCGGGCAGUUGCUGCCUGCUUUCUAAACCUGGAAGUCGUGUUGGACUUGUACUGUGUGGCCUUAAGAAUGGUUUCCUGGUGUGCCUUGAGGUGCUGGCAGACGACAAAGAUAGGCAAGGCCGAAUCACCUGGACCUUAGUGUCCCUGUCUCGACUAGGCUUGACAACGGUAACCGUGACUGCUGACGAAUAUUCUCGACAAGGAGGUAUUUACGACACGGCAUUGAUUGCGUAUGAUUCGACCCUGGAGAGAUUGUCGAUCAGAGCCAACGAGGCUGGUGCCGAGCUGGACUGGUAUCGGGUAUUCAUCAGGAAUCGGGAUGAUCCAUCAUUACCUCAAGACCUCAUCCACGCGGUGAACCGAGUUCCUCGCCUGAUGUCUCAUCGUGGCGCAGACACAGCGGGCCUUCUCGUUCAUGUCACACCGUCUGACAUUGCGUUUUCUUCCAUCGUUGGCCAACCAAAAGCCGUAAUCAAGCACAACGAUACGACAGGAAUGGCAAAACGAGUGAUCUACUCCAAGUUCCUCAAAAGGCUUGUUGUGGCUGUAGACGCAAAACGACUCUUAGUGAGCGACAAAACGCAGCCUAACGAUGUGGUCCGAUCAGGACCGAGUGCAGUUUCUGUGCCCCGACUUGCCUUCGCAAUCAUCGAAGAUGGACCAUUGGGUAGGUUAUCGUUCGAUACGCAACAAACCGUGGAUUUGGGUGAGGUUGGGGAGACAAUAUCUGCGUUAACACAUUAUUCACCCACGAAUGGGAUUCAGCAUUUCGAAAUGAUCCUUGUCGCCCUCAAGACAAGCCAUAGACUAGAGUCAGGGGCUUUGAAGAUCAGCAGUCGCAUUGUUUCCGUGAGCGACAAGCACGUACAGAACAAAGGACUGGCUACACCACGAAACGUUAUGCGACUACCUGGCAAGAACGUCACCGCAUUAUGCCCGAUUGGUCUAUCGGGAGUACUCAUAGCGUCCAGCAACGAGCUUCUCCUGCAUGACCUUGAUGUAUCCACCAAACGAUGGACAACCAUCACCCGACAUGCUCUACCAUCUCCUGCAAAAGAGAUACGUGUGCAAGGCUCCCUGGUCUAUGUUGCGACCGAACGCCACUCGCUACUGAUCUUACGGCAACAUGGCAGCACUCUGAGUACCCAUGGGUCAGACACUCGGGCGAGGAUUGUCAGUAAUGUGGUGCCCCUCGACAGGCACCGGACACUUCUGGCAGACAUGACCGACAGAGGGACGAUUCUCACUGGUGUGGUCGAAGAUACGAUGACUUCAACGCUGCAAAGAUCGUACGAGAUCAAUGUGCCACAUGAUAUUAGUCGCAUUGAACAGAGUCGCACCCGAUGUGCCGGGGAUGCAAGAGAUGCGUUCAUCGCCAGCGCCACGGAUGGCACGUUAUAUUCCUUCUUGUUGCUGACAGCAGACGAGUGGCUGCUAUGCCACUUUCUACAAGGCCUCUGCGAUCCUUUCAAGAGGGUCAUUGGGAAACACAAGGCAUUCAUGCAAACUCUGGACGCCAGUGAAUGGAUUAGUCACGGGAAAGGUACUAUCCCACCUGCGUCGAUGGGUAUUGACGGGGACUUGCUCGCAGCUAUGCUUGAGCCUGGAGCACACAAUCUUCGAUCUCUGCUGGAGCCGCCUGUGAAGGAAGAGGAUGAAGAUAUCAGUUUUAGGGCUCAGAAGAGAUCGGAUGAGCUGAGGGCACGCAUGCAGGUGUUGAGGCAGCUGGCCGAAAGAGUAACUCACAGAGUCAACGAGGCCGAUGUAGUGGGGUCUGUGAUGAUUUGGCUCAGAAGUCUCAUGCAAUACUAG